UUUUUGAAACAUUUACAGUGUGAUGUUCCCAUGACCGUCGCCAUGGAUUUUCCCACGCUCUGAGCAAAAAAUGGCGGAAGGUGGGGAGGGGUGGACGCCCCCUUUCUCCAAAAGGAAGUCAUUAUGUGUGAUAACUGGAGGUAGCAAAGGGUUCGGAAGAAGUGUGGCUGUUGCUUUAGCUGCAGAACUCGCUCGGGAUUCCCAUGUCGUGGUGCUAGGACGAAACUCGGAGUCGCUACGUGACACAGAAAAACUGUGCAAGGCGAUGUCUCCACACAUUCAAAUCACAACACUCUUCGGAGAUCUGUCCAAGUCUUCCGUCACCGGAAGCAUAUUUGCGUGUCUGAGGUUUCAGGUCGACCCAACGGACUAUAAACACGCUCUUUUGGUGAACAACGCAGGGACCGUUGGGAACGUUAGUCGGAGAACUUGGGAACACAGCGACCCUCUAGAGCUGGACUCGUACUUCAACUUGAACGUGGCCUCCGCGGUCUCUCUAACGGGGAAGUUUCUUGAGUUUGUGAGACCGGGGAAUUUGCCAUGUACAGUGGUGAACGUGACGUGUGACGAGGCACAGAGGCCGAUGAAGUGUCAUUCCCUGUACUGUGCAGGGAAAGCCGCCCGGGAAAUGAUGUUUAAGGUCAUGGCACAAGAGGAACCUCACAUUCGAAUUCUUAAUUACAACCCAGGGCCACUUGAAACUGAACUUAAGACAACAGUAAUGAUCGAGGCAGCAGAUGAUGGAGUCAGGGAGGAGAUCAGAAGACUACGAGACAACAACCAGCUGAUAGAUCCUGAUAUGCCAGCUAGAAAACUCGUGCAACUUUUAAAAGAAGAUUUAUUCAAAAGUGGAGAAGUUGUGAACUUUCAGGAGAGCUGAUACUUAUGCUACUUCAUUUGAUGAAUCAUGAAGGCAUUUCUAGCAUUUGCACCAUGCUGGAACUAAUGGACGUGAUUAUUGACAUAUUGCAAGUUGCAAUAGCCAAGAGAGAAAGUAGUCCUACCAUGAAAUGUUACACAUAGGACGUGUGAAAAGAAAUAUGUACUACACAUGUACAUAUCGGGGUGUUGUUGGUAGCUAAUGUAUUCAUUUCUGCAAAGUCUUACCUCGCAAGCAGACAGAAUGUGCACCACAAGAAAUAUGGAACAAAGAGGAUGAGUGAGUGAGUGAGUGAGUAAGUGAGAAAGAGGGAAGGAAAGAUGUACACAUAAGGAGUACCACAUAAAGACAUGCAAAGCAUGCAGGAGCUAUACAUUUUGGAAUUUUGUUAUCAAUACAUCUGACCCAGUUGGUGCAAGAUCCUCCUCACAGGACAUAGUUACUGACUCUUCUGUCUUCUGUGAGGAUUCUUGGCACUAAAAAGAAAAAAAAACUGUCCAUUUACACAGGCACUUGGAGAUAGAUCAUGAUAUGGUGCUAGCCUCUGUGCAUGCACCGUUAAAGUUCAGAUUGUGACAGUGCUUACAUUAGUGGUGCUAACCUAUUGCAUGUUUGGCAAAUGAUGAGCUUACUUACAGUAUGCAAUUUGAGCCUGGCAAUUUCUGUGCAAAGCUGGGUUAGAUUUUACUGAUGGCUGCAAACAAACAUUGUGUUUUCACAAAUUUGGUACAUUCACAUGAAGGUGAUGGGUACAAGAAUACUCUCAGGGCAAUCUGGCAUUUUUCUUCUGUCAGAUAUUUUUAUAUGUCACCAGGAAUAAAGGUGUGAACAAAUUAUGAAAAGGUUGUUGUGUAUUUGUGCUGAAGACAAGUAGGGUAUGGCACAGGUUUGCUUCCAUAGAAAUUAUGCUUAAUGAGAAUUUCAUAUGGCAUAAAUGCAUUACGUAUACAAUGUAGUUAGCAACAAACACUACACUUGAUGCAAAUGGAAAUUGAAUCAUCAUAAUUGAUGCAUAUUCUUCAUAUUUAUUAGUGCAGAUGAAAGCAAGUUGGAUAAAUCAUUAACCACAUUUAUUAACAGUGAAUGCCAUCACUCUGCUUUCUUCAAAGUAGGUCAACGAGU